AUCUUCAGGUCCGAUCUCGCUGCAUUGGAGACCUUUCAGCGAAGACGCAAUGAGGCAAUAAUAAGUAUUCGUUAUCAGCGUCAAUCUUGUCCCCCUACCCCUUUCAACACCGAAGCAGCAACUCCUGCCAACAAGUCCGAUUCUCUUCGCACAAUGCUCCAUUCUUCCGUUAGCGGGUUACAGUCCAGGCAAUGCUUAUCCAGCGCCAAAUCGUUAAGAUGUAAACCCUUCCUGUGCUGCCCUCGUCGCCUUCCGAGGCGCCUAAAGGUGCAAGCAAUUGGCUUCGACUUCGGAGACGAUGACAGCCGCUCAUCCAAAGCCCCGACCAAGCUGGGCGCCCGCGUGGGGUCGCUGGGCUCGCUGGCCUCCUCGCUGCUGGUGUACGGCAGCGUGCUCAAGGGGUCGGUGGGGGAGGCCUUCCUGCAGGCGCUGCAGGUCACGCAAAAGUACCAGGCUAGCAGCAAGGAGGUGUUGACCGCCUACGGGCGGCUGUUCUCGCUGCUGCUGGCUGCGGGGUACGACAGCUGGGCGGACUACCUGCUGGACCAGAUCCUGCUAGGUCGGGACAACUCCUUCGCCCGUGCCGCCGCGCAGGGCAGUCUGGAGGCGGGUGGCGGCGCGCCGCUGCUGCGGGCCGUGUCGUACGACCUGGAUGUGCUGCAGGAGCUGGCGCUGAGCAUGAACCAGAUCGCUGAGCUGGUGGCGGAUGCGGCGCCCGCAGCGGGGCCCUACUGGCAGGAGGCGGCCACCUCCCUCUCCCUCAAGAGCCCCUCCAGCAGCCCCUCCAACAGCCCCGGCACCUCCCCGCCCCCCGUGGUGACCCCCCUGGACCCGCACUCCCGCUCCCCCUUCAUCACCCGCCCGCCCCACCCCGAGGAGCUGGCGGGCUGGCGGGCGGCGCUGAGCGGGCGCGACAGCUGGGGCGAGGCGGUGCCGCUGCUGGAGGCGUACUACCACCGACAUGGCUUCGGAAUCACCUCGCGCAACUCCACGCUAAGGUGGAUCAAGGGCGCCUUCGAGGAGGGCCCCGACGCCCCCUCCUCAUCCUCUUCCCCCUCCGUGCUCUCCCCCCCGCACCGCCUGC